GAACCAAUGAGGACAAAAGCGACGGACUCUUUUGAUGAUACACAAACAUGGCUGCGUACGUAUGCACGAGAUUUUGUAUAAAUAAAUUCAAAGACUCGAUUACAUUUAUUCAGCGACGGUAUCGAGUUAAAACAAAAUGGGCAGCAACAAGGCCCAAGUUUCCAGCUACUGAACUUGCUCUGCACAGCUUUGACACAACGUACAGUAUGCAGUUAGGGGACCUGUGGCCCUCUAUUCGAGUUGCCAUGCUGUGUGAACAAAAGUAUGGAGCACUGAUAAACAGUUUCUCUUCAGAACCUCAUGUAAUCACAGAUUUAGAAGCUCAAGGAUGUAGAGACUUCAUCAAUAUUGACUGUUCCAGAAAUGAGGUACAUCAACUUUCACAGGACUCCACAACCUCACAUAGAGAUUCAACAGAGCUGGAAACUGCUGCUCUUCAACACAGUAUAAGUCCUGAUAUAAAAUGUCUUGUUUUUCCACAAGGAGACAUAUCUAGAUUUAAGCCUGCAAGACCUGACAGCAGUGGUAUAUUAGGAUAUUACCUUCUGGAUGCUGCUUCGGUGCUGCCUGUACUAGCGCUGGACGUCCAGCCUGGACACACAGUGCUGGAUCUAUGUGCGGCUCCUGGAGGGAAGACCCUUGCUCUCCUGCAGGCACAUUCAGUCGAUUAUCUAUGGGCGAAUGACUUAUCAGUUUCCCGCACAACACGAUUACGCAGGACUCUUCAGAGCUACGUGCCUAAAGAGAUCCUGGAUGAAAACAAAAUCCACAUCACAUCCACUGAUGGUCGGCAGUUAGGCCUGACAGAGGAGCGAAGCUUUGACAGAGUGCUUGUAGAUGUUCCCUGCACCACAGACAGACACUCUGCAAUGGUGGAGGAGAACAAUUUAUUUAAGAGGUCCAGGACCAAAGAGAGACAGAAACUUCCCCUCUUGCAAAUACAGCUUCUUGUGGCUGGGAUCCAGGCCGCGCGCCGGGGUGGACACAUAGUGUACUCUACGUGUUCCCUGUCCCAGCUGCAGAAUGAGUGUGUGGUGCAACAGGCCAUAAGUCUCGCUCAGCAGGAGCUGGGAAUCACAGUACAGGUUCAGGACCUCAGAUGGUUCACUCAACAGUUUUCCGACACUUUCCACUUUGCUCCACAGUUAAGUGUCGGGGAGCUGGUUUUGCCACACCUGUGUGCCAACUUUGGACCUAUUUAUAUGUGUAAAUUACAACGAAUAAACUAGCCGGGCAUUCCGAUUUUAGCUCAAAUGACAUUUUUGCUGCAAUAGUGCCCCCUUGUGACCAGACAUGGAACUUCCUUUGACUAUGAGGCUCUGAAUUAAACCCACCUGAAAACAUGUUACUGUUAAGAAGAUAAUACUGAGAAUCAUGUCAUUACUAGUCUAUGUUAUUUGAUUUCUUAGAUUUAUUCAACUUAAAUCUGACACAAAAAGGCCAAAACAGGUUUCUUUUUCCCUUUUCUUGUGGGGAAGUUUAAUGCCUAUUAAUUUCAAUUAAAACAAUGAAGGUUUAUAAAUGAAUUGCAACAAAGUGUC